GCCACUUGCUGCGUUACGGCCACUUUACGGUGCCCAACAUUAACACUUUCUUUUUUGCGUGGCCUUGAGAUGUAAACAUCAACAGAAAUGUAAACAAAGCUCACAGAUUCGGUCUUGGGCGGUAUAAAGGACAAUGACGGAUUUGCAGAGUGCACUUGCCUCGCUCAAUGAGUCAUCUAACUCGCUGAAGACGUUGUACUUCCGUCCUCCUGGGAUAUUCACAAACGCGCUGAUUGGCAAGCCUGACAUAACGACGCUUCUUAGGGACGCGGACGCCUUUGAGAACGCGCUGUACCAGGUUGAUGCGCAGGAUAGGCCGGAACGUAAGGAUGGUACUCGUGGUGUUGUUGAUCAGCUGAAUGAUGACUUGGACGAGCUGCAACUGCAGCAGUUGCAAGAGGAGGCGGAAGGCGGGGAGCUUGUUCAGAGGCCCAGCGUGGUGAUCGUGCCCCGGGAGGUUGUUGUCUCGAAUGAUGAGAACAAGGGGGUGAAGAACUUGCUGAGCAAGUUCAACGAGGAGAACGAGAAGGACUACGAUAUCGAUGUGCUGUGCGAGACCGUGUCGCAGCUGCUGGAUAAGUACCCUAUAGACGGUGUGCGGGAGGAGCUCGAACGGUUGAGACAACGGUGGCAGAGCGUGAACCUGGAGAUCAUGGAGAACGAGGAGACCAUUGAGAAACAGAGAAGACAGCUUUCCCUCUUGAGGAUCUCUCUGAACGAGAGGGAGCUGCGCUCUGACGACACUGGCGAACGCCCUGUUAGAACAGCAGCUCAGCUCAUCGCCGAAGAAGAAGAGGAGAUACGGAGAUUAGAAUUACAGAUAUCAACAGAGGAAGCGAGAGAUGGGUCUCAAUGAAGUCUAAUGACCGUAUAGAACGUGGCGUAGGUGUUUGCUCUGUUUGUAGAUGCCCUUGGCGACUGAACCGAUUCCGAAGCCCUCAUGUCCCAAUUCCGAAGCCCUCCUAUUGCCUAUUCCCGGAAUUCCGCACCGUUCGCAAUUUUCGCAACAGAGCAACGCUCUCUGUGUUUUUUUUCGCCUCACACUUUCCUGUCCAAUCAAACAUCGAGCACACCGCCUUUGAUAUUGGAACGAUUCGUUAGACCUGGGCUGAAUUGCUUCACCAAAUUGAAGACAAAGUAUCCUUUGAGGUUUGAUUGAAGUGCACCAACAUAUCAAGCCAACUGUGAGCGAUAAUUCCAAGAAAGAGUCUCCAAAGAAGAUAGCAACCUAGCGGUCGAUAUCUCUUUCCCCAUACAUUU